AUGGCAUCGCCAUAUCAGCCCUCCAUGUCGUACUCUCCUGCCACCACCUCCGACAUGGCGGCUGGCCCAUCCCGCUCCGUCUCCGAACUCCCGCAAUCCCAAGUCGACGCUAUCAUCCGCACGAAGCGAAAAGCGCGUGAACCAAAAGCCUGCUACCCAUGCCAUGCGCGGAAAGUCAAAUGCGACCGGAACCUCCCCUGUGAUGGCUGCGUGAAGCGCGACCACGCAGACCUGUGCUCGUACGAACGGCCCGUGAAGAAGCGCACCGCGGCCGCAGCAUCAACAACAGCAGCUACUAGCAGCGCUGUGCCGCAGACUUUUCGGAAUAGUCCUGUCGUUGGGCCUACGUCUGCGGUAGAGGAUGGUAGUGCUCCUUCGAUCCGGGUGAAACAGGAGCCGGGUUUGUCGAGUCGAGGGAAUGCUGCGGUUUCUGCUACGGCUGCGGCGACGGCGGGGAACGGGAACGGGAACGGGAGAGUGUCUAUUGCGCGCGAGGAGUGGGAUAACGUUCGCAAUCGGUUGAGGGAGAUGGAGAAGACGAUUACGAAUUUGCGUGUUGGGUUGGACAGGGCGGAGGAAGGGAGUGGGUCGAUAUUGGAGACGGGGAGUGUGCAGAGUGGUGAUGCGAGCACCCGGUCGAAAGGUGCUUCGCCGGAGCGCGAGGGUAUCCAUGCGGCGAAUACGCUGGGUGAAGGGACUGUUCAUCUGGGUUCGAGAUCGGUCCUGGCAUACAUUUUGAAUAAUAAGUCGGGUUCGGAUCAGCUGCAUACUCUUCUGGAAGGAGGGAUUUUGCCCAAGCUGGGUUUGGAUAAUGAGUCUGCUACAUACCCGUUUGUGGAUCUCUGGUCCUCGGAUAUGUCUACGUUUGAUAUCAGUGCAGUUUGCAGCGCGCUUCCGAGUGACCAACAGUGCAAGGAGUUCUUCUUUUACUACCGAGAUAUCGCUGGCGCCAUCUAUCCCGUCCUUGAAGAUGUCCGUCAGUUCGAAAGAAUUCUCGACCUACUUUUGCAAAGUAGAACAUCGACAGGAGGGAUGUAUCGAGCAGAUCCUGUUCAAGCGCAGAGACCGUUUGGUGUGACGAUCGCGUUCUUAGGUCUUUUAUUCGCUGUGCUUGCUUCGGGAUGUCAAUCGUCGGAUCUCCCUAGUAAAGAGAGAGAAUUGACCUCUCAAGUAUAUGUGUGCUGUUCUUACCAAUGCCUGCGAAUGACAAACUUCCUGUCACAACCUUCAAUUGAAGCAAUCCAAACACUCUUAAUAAUCGGCAAUGUUCUGUCCUAUAAUAUGAACCCCGGAAUUUCCUAUGUGCUUCUUGGAAUGACAUUACGUAUGGGACUGGCGCUUGGUCUGCACGUCGAAUCUAGUCGCUUCUUACCGGCUGAGCGAUACCGGAGAAGACACGUUUGGUGGUCCAUGGCAUGGCAAGAUAGCCAUUUCUCACUCUCCUAUGAUCGACCGUCCACGACAGCAGUCAGCCAACCCGACAUCGCAUACCGGGAGAGUACCCAGCUAGGCGAACUGUCGUAUUUCGAAACCCUCUGUAGAAUCAUCGCACUCGCUCUGGAAGUCGUCCGCAGCCGAAUGCUCAGCCUCCACUCACAAAUGACACCAAAAACUAUCCAAGGCUACAAGGAGAGAAUCCAGAAGAUCAUGAUCGAAGCGAAACCAGGUUUACGCGACCGCAAGUACUGUCUUACAGCGACGGAACAUCUGGAACGGGUCGUGUUGAAGCUACACGCGUCGUAUUUCACAUCCGAGCUCUGCAGGCCAGCGCUCAAGUCACCAGCCGACACGACGGAUUCCAUAGUCUCCGAGAUGCGAGCUGACUGCAUCAGUAACCUAAUGAAGACGGUCGAGGCGUAUGUCGAAAUGCAUUCGAUUAGCUCACACGCGUCCCGAUCAUGGAUCACAUUGCAGCGAGCCAUCAGCUGCAUUUUCCUCCUCGCCGUCAUCGAAGAGUCCAAGACAGACACACAAUUUUGGACCCUCCUCCAACAACUCAAACUCAUCAUCGCCGAGCGAGCCAGUAAUGAAUCUGUCUAUGAAUCAGGCGACCCCUCUGCUGCAGCCGCCGCGACAGCAGCAGCAGGAGGCAACCCCAUGACAUCCCCUAUCCCGGGAGGCACCCCGAUACAACAACCAGACCGCAACGCGGUCUUCAACACAAUCCCAGGAACCACCAACACAACCGCCGCCAGCCCGGGUGCCAUCAAUGCCACCUCCCCCGUCCCCGCAGCAGUGGCCGCAGACACGCAAACACAAUGGGCCAAGCCUCUUACAAAGACCCUCCGCGCACUGGAGAAGCUCGAAGCGGCCUUUGCUAACCAGGGCGCUCCUGGACGAUACGCCGCCCAGGGUGGCAGCGCUGAUGCUACGGGUACCCCUACCACCGCUGCGGCAACGACAGCGUAUCUGAACCCGAAUGCCGGCUCGACGACAGCUAUGGGUGGGUUUAUUCCUGUUUCGGGGAUGGGGUCACUACCGCCGCCAACGCCGGAGAGCUCGACGAGUGGGGAGUGGACGAUACCGAAUAUCUUGGAUCGGGCGGCGGAGUAUAUUCAUCCGCCUUUAUGGGGGUGA